UUAGAUCGUAUAUCGCGUCCUUGGUCACUAGUGGACACAGAUCUCGUUAAAGUAUACAGAAAUCUUUACUGUGGCCAAUAUUCAUCGAAAAAUAUGGCGAUUUAUCGCUGUAUUCUGGUAAUUGGUCUUCUAUUCCUGGUUCGCGAGAGUGGUUCCGCUCCUACUAUGAGUACAACUAAAAACAUAGUCUAUAAAAACUCAACAUCAACCACCAACUCUGAAGAGAGUACGACUCCUUCAAAUGUCCCGAGCUCAACGCCAUCAACAACAGAAGGUUUAGCCAAUGAAAGUUCAGUGUCUGGGCAGAAUACAACCGGUGGAAGUUUGAAAAAUGCUACUGUGAGUUCAAAUGUGACAAAUACCACAACGGUUGUUGAUGAUGGACCAAGCUCUAUCCUUUAUCCCGUAUGCAGUAAUUAUCUCGGAAUACAGAGCAAGAAAAUAAUCAAAGAUGAACAAAUGUUUGCAAGCUCGACUCUCGAGCUCUUUGAUCUCGAGAAAUUCAUCAAUUCUACACUGGAAGAGCUCGAUGAUGACUCUAAUGAGACAUCCUCAUCGGUAAAAUCAAAUUUUACCAUUACUGGAAACAUGACCGCAGCGCAUCAUGGAAGGUUGGGGAACACUGAGGGAUCGUGGUGUGCAAGUGGAGAUCUUUUGGAAGGAGAGCACCACCUCACCGUGGACUUAGGUCAAGUGCUAAUUCUUGAGGGAGUUAUAACCCAAGGAAGAUCAGACUCUGACAACUGGGUUACUGAAUACACUGUGUCGUACAGCAGUACAAAGAAACAUUGGAAGCAGAUUGAAAAGGAUGGUGAACUUUUGGUGUUGAAAGGAAACAAUGACCGUAACUCCAUGGCUGUUGGUAGUUUUCCACACAGAAUUGCAGCAAGAUAUAUCAAGUUUACACCCAAGUCAUUUCAUGGAAAAUUGAUUUGUAUGAGAGUGGAAGCCAUCGGCUGUCAUCCUGAUGAUGUAAAUGUCGCUAAGAAUCAACCCGUCCAGUUAUCUGAUAGUGAACGAAAUUCUACGUCCAGUAACGUCGUGGAUGGGGUGUUUGUCCCCAAACGUCCGAAUGAAACCUGUACCCAUACACGCUCCCAAUAUGCACCCUGGCUUCGUAUUGAUCUUCGCCGUAUUUACCAUGUCAAAGAAGUAUUCAUUUCAAACCAAGAUUCUGAUAAUGGUUGGGAUAUGUUUGACUUUGAAGUACGAGUAGGUAACAGUCUUGAUAACGAGGGAAACGAUAACCCUAAGUGUACCCCAGCGUAUACCCUUUUGCCGGGACGGUUGGAGACAAUCGCGUGCAAGAAUGAAACCGUGGGGCGUUAUGUGAACAUCAGAGUGAAUAGAGGUGAUCAAAAACUGAGCUUGUGUGAAGUGGCAGUUAUUGGAAUAGCUGACACCAUUGUGAGGUUGGGACUUGGAGAUAUCGCCAGUAGUCUACAAACUGGGUCUGUAAAGGACAACGCACUUGGCAUGGCCGGUGAUGCUGUUGGUGGUUUGCUUGGACAGUUGGGUGGACAGUUGGGUGGACAGUUAGGUGGAAUGGGAAUGGGUAUGCUGAACAAUUUGAAAGGCCAAGGCAUGGGAAUGUUGAACAACCUUGGAGCACAGGGAAUGGGGAUGCUGAAUAAUCUUCAAGGUCAGGGAAUGGCAAUGGCGAAUAAGUUCAAGAACCAAGGAUUGGCAAUGGCCAAUAAGAUGAAAGACCAGGCAAUGGGAAUGGCGAAUAAGAUGAAAGACCAGGCAAUGGGAAUGGCAAAUAAGAUGAAAGACCAGGCAAUGGAGAUGGCGGACAAAGCAAAAAAACAGGCAAUGGAAGCAGCAGAGAAAGCCAAGAAACAGGCAAUGGAAGCAGCAGAGAAAGCGAAAAAGCAAGCAAUGGAAGCAGCUGACAAAGCGAAAGAACAAGGCAUGGAAAUGGCAAAUCAGUUACAGGGACAAAGCAUGGAAAUGGUCGGUGAUAUGCAAGGACAGAUGAACCAGCAACAGGAUAAAUUCAAAAAAAAGUUGAAAGAAAUGUUGGAAAAGGGUCAAGACUAUCUAAAAACUGGCAAAGAAGAGAUGGAAAAGUUCAAGAAAAAAGGAUACAUAGAAACAGGGAAAGAAUACAUGGAUAUUGGACUUGGCAUGAUGAUGGAUGGGGUUGCUUUUAUUCAAGCUAAGCUCAUGGAAUCUAUUUCGAGUAUUGCGGGAGAUAUGACAAAACAGAUUACCACCCUGAGCGAAUAUGAUACAAGUGAUAUUAAAGGUCUUUUGGAUGAUGUUGAUCCUGUGCCAGUUCGAAAUUUUGUUGAGGAAGCAAAGCCGAAGAUUGGAGAGUUUAUUGAGGAGAUGCAGAAAAUGGCUAAAAAGUACCUAGAGAUUGGUAUUGAGAAGGGUAAAGAGGCCAAGAAUGAGAUUGAAAGCGAGGCUGAUAGCGCUAAGAAUCAAGCCACUGGUAUGGGGAAAAAUGUGGCAGGCAAGGCGACAGCUGCUGGGAAAAAUAUGGCUAACAAAGCUAAAGACGCCGGUAUGGCUGCUGUUGAUAAAGCGAAGAAAGCAGGAUUGGAUGCGGCGAACAAAGCAAAGUCAGCUGGAAUGGACGCAAUGAAUAAAGCUAAAGACGCGGGCAUGAAAAUGGCGAACAAGGCAAAAGAAGCGGGAAUGGGAGCAUUGGACAAAGCAAAAGGAAUGGGCAUGGCUGCAGUCGGUGAUCUCAAAAAGGCUGGCAUGGGUGCUCUAGAUCAGGCCAAGGGCCUGGGGAUGGGUGCUCUAGAUCAGGCCAAGGGCCUGGGAAUGGGUGCUUUUGAUCAGUUGAAACAGGCUGGAAUGGGAGCUUUGGCACAGGCACAAGGCUUAGCCAAAGGCAUGUUAGGACAGUUGAGUCGUGCUGGCAUGGAGCUGCUUAAGAAAGCGAAGAACAUGAAACCAUCUCAACUUAAAGAAAUGUCACAGGUUCAGACGUUGCUGCAACUUAAAAAGAUGAAGCAGAUGAAAGAACUUGAGAAAAAGAUUGAACUGGAACAAGAUGGACAGUGGAAACAGUUUGAAGAACUGAAUAAAGAAAUGGGAGAUGAAAUCGAGUUAGAGAAAUUAGAAGAUGAGGGAGAUAUAUUUAAAGAUAAUGACGUUCCUGAGCUGGACGGUUCAAAGUGAUUCACGUACAUGUAAGCCAUGUUUUGAUUUGUUCUCAGGGGUUUUAGCUGUAGUUGCUGUAACGUCCCGUAUAGUAUCGCUAAAUUUUGACUUAAAAGUGUAUAAAUUGGGCCAGUUGUUUCAUUGUAUUAUAUAUAUGCUUAAAAUUGUAUAAAUUGGGCCAGUUGUUUAUUGCGUAACCAUUGAGCAAUCGACUUUUCAAACAUAAAGUUUAAACAUAAAUAAACAAUCAUUAAUCAUGUCAUAAUGUCAUUUAAAUUGAAUUCUAAAUAUUAUGCUUAUAGAGUAUACUUUCACAUUCCUUAUUAUUUUAAGUUAUUAAUAUUUUCAUAAAUACUAUCACAGCUGCAUGGUAGACAAAUUUGUGUAAAAACUGACCUUUAAAACUAAAGUAUGUUAAAAGUAAAUUUGUUGGAACUGAUGUUUUAAAAUCUGUUGUUCAUCGUUGAAUAAAUAACUUGAUUUAAAGUCAGUAUAAAGACAAGGCGAAUCAUAUUUAAUUUUAUCUACUCCAGGGAUAAUCACUUUAAAUCUUAAGUGAGUGAAUUCGUAACUAAAUUUGUAACGUUGUAACA